GUUUAGCUAUUUAUUAAAAAAACAAAAGACGUGUUUUGCGAAAUCUUGGCCAGUAGACGGCGCACUUUAGCACACCAAACUCAAACGUUAAGAAUGGCGUCAUAGGUGAAAGGACAGAAAUACCCCUCCACCUCCGUAUAUAAUUCACGCAGGUUCCCCCUCCCCGGCGAUUCUCCCAUAAUAACACCAAAAAUUACAACAAAAAGAAAAUCAAAAAAAAAAAAAAAAAAAAAAAGCAGAGGCACACAGCAAACAAACCCUUCUCUGCUUUCUCACCCCCUUUAUAUUUAAUUUUGCCUUCUUCAAUUUCAACAAUUCUCCGCCCACCCACCAUUAAAAUUUCUCUAGAGAGAGAGAGAAAAAACACACACAGCUUCUUCGGCCCCUUUGUUAGUGUGUGUGUGUGUGUGUGAGAAAUUCGUUGAAUGAGCGGAUAUGGCUACGGGUACUGAGAGAUCGACGCUGCACAAUUUCACGAUGCCGGGCGAUUUGCGGUGGGGGAGGCAGCGAUUUCUCCGAUGCAUGAAGGUCAACUCCGGCGACCAAAUCUCGCCGCCGCACCGCAUCGAACCCAACAGUUCCGGUUCUUCCGAUCACCACAACCACCUCCCAAUCCAACAGCGCCGCACCGCCAGGGAUAGGGAGAGGGAGAGGGCCAAGGACGAGUUUGCGAGCGGAUCCCCCAAAGUGGGGCCUACUCACCCGCCGCCGCCGCCGCCGCCGCACGGAGGUGGACGGAGAUUCGGCGAUGAAGACGACGACGACGACGGUGGGAUUGCCGCCACCAGGGAGAAAGUGAUGUUCGAUCUCCAGACGGCGGCGGAUAAGAUGAAAGACGCGUUUUUUAAGGACGGCGGCCUCGAGGAGGGCGAGGUCGCUUUUUCCCGGCCGGUUGUUCUUCCUCAGCCGCCCCCGCCGCCUGCUGCGGCGGCGUCCGCGUCGGCUGAAGGCGAGGCCUCCCGUCCGUGGAACUUGAGGACAAGGCGAGCUGCGUGCAAGAUGCCGCCGGCGAGUGGGUCGGGCUCCGGCAAAACCGGCGGUCCCACCACCGCCGGUGGCGGAAACGACGGCGCCGGCAAGGGUUUGAGGGUGGAUGCGCCGAGACCCAAUCCUGGAUUCUCCCCGAUGCGGGUGGCGGCGGCGGCUUCCAACAAGUCACCGCCGACGAAGACUGAAGGCCACGUGGCGGCGGCGGCGAGCGGCGAGAAGAGGGAGAGGGAGAAGUUCUCAGUACCCCUAUCGAAAAGAGAAAUCGAAGACGAUUUCUUCGCCAUGGUCGGUCACCGGCCGCCGCGCAGGCCCAAAAAGCGGGCCAGGUUUGUUCAGAGACAAUUGGAUACCCUAUUUCCAGGAUUAUGGCUUACAGAAGUUACACCUGAUAUGUAUAAAGUUCAAGAAUCAGCUCCAUAACCAAGAAAUAGUAGCGAAUAGAGUCGAAAACAACCUUGUUUCUCCUCGCUCGAAAUGGUAGAAUCGUGAAGGAUGAUGGGACUAUACAUAUAAUGGAGCAUAUUAAAACCAGCAUUGUCGAAUGGUCGGAAAAAAUCGAAAUCCCUUCUGGUAAAAUAUGGUUUACAAGAAGAGGCUUAAAAAUGUAGUUGCUUUCGGAAAAUGCUAAUUUUUGUUUUUUUUGUCUUCCCUUGAUACUGCAAUUGUUCAUAAAUAUGUUUUUUUGUUCAAGGAAAUAAAGUUUAACAUAGUCGAAAAGGUUGUGUUGGUUCAGAAUCGAACACUAUGCUAAUUAC